AUGCAGAACCUCUUUGACCAGAACUUAGACAUGGCCACCGCUCUGCUUGCAGGGGAGAAGCUGAAGGAGUUGAUCCUGCCUGGUUCCACGCAGGAUGAGAAGGGAGGUGCACUAGCUGGACUCAUGGUUCAGCUCAAACUGGAGCUGCCCUUUGACCGAGUUGUCACCAUAGGAACGGUCAUCAUCCCCAUCUUAUUAGUCACUCUGGUCUUUACAAGGAACUUUGCAGAGGAGUCAAUAUACUGUUACACCCCACACAAUUUCACACGUGACCAGGCCCUCUAUGCCAGAGGUUACUGCUGGACAGAGUUACGUGAUGCUGUUCCUGGGGUUGAUCCUAAACUCCGACCCUCUCUGUUUGAGCAUAAGUUUCUGCCCUAUGCUCUGCUAGCAUUUGCUGGUAUUAUGUAUAUUCCAGCACUAGGCUGGGAGUUCCUUGCCUCCACACGCCUUACCUCUGAACUCAACUUUCUCCUCCAAGAGAUUGACAACUGUUACCACCGUGCCGCUGAGGGCAGGGCACCCAAGAUUGAGAAGCAGAUUCAGUCCAAAGGGCCUGGGAUCAGUGAGCGUGAGCGGCGAGAGAUCAUUGAGAAUGCAGAGAAAGAGAAAAGCCCAGAGCAGAAUCUUUUUGAAAAAUAUCUAGAGCAGCGAGGUCAAAGUAACUUUUUAGCCAAGCUUUAUCUAGCCAGACAUUUAGCCAUCAUCUGUCUCAGUUCCAUUCCCAUCACCUACUUGAGCACAUACUAUGCCUGGCAGCGGCAAAACGAGUUCACGUGCAUGCUGGGUGAGCUACCUGACAUCAGCAGCAUCCCUGAGUUGCACCUGAGUGUGAACUGCAAGCUGCCAGCUGUACAGCUCCAGCGCAUUAUGGCUGCUGUAGACAUUGCACUGCUCUGCACCGUGAACCUCAUCAUUUUAGUUAAUCUACUGCAUCUGUUCGUGGUGCGUAAAUCCAACUUUGUAUUCGACAAGUUGCACAAAGUUGGCAUCAAGACACGGCGGCGUUGGCAGAAGUCUCAGUUUUGCGAUAUUAACAUCCUGGCCAUGUUCUGUAAUGAAAACAGGGACCACAUCAAGUCUCUAAACAGGCUGGAUUUCAUCACCAAUGAGAGUGACCUUAUGUAUGACAAUGUGGUGCGACAGUUAUUGGCUGCAUUAGCUCAGUCUAACCAUGAUGCCACACCAACUGUUAGAGACUCUGGGAUUCAGACACUUGACCCCAGCAUGGAUCCUUCUGUACUUGGGGUUGGAGAAAUGGGAGUAGAGACAGUUAUCAAAAGACCACGGAAGAAGAUCAAGUGGAUCCCUACAUCUAACCCUCUGCCACAGCCAUUUAAAGAACCUCUAACUUUGACCCGGUUGGAGAACAGCAUAAAAGCAGAAAAACCUAAACCUAUGCGGAGGAAGACCGUAGCAGAUACCAUCAUUGCUCCUUUACUGGACACCAAAAGCACACAGCAUCCUCCUAAAGAAACCAACAAUGGGACAGAGAAAAAGCACACUCGCAAUUUCUCCCUGGAUAUCCAUCCGUACAUAUCAACCAUCCAGAAGCCUAAAUCAGAAAUGAAUGAUCCACAGCCCCCAGCUGCUGAGCAUCAUUUGGAAACUACAUACAUCGAGGGCACGCACACUAUUGUUCAUGUCUCUUCAACACUCACUGAAAAGAAUGACCCUCCUCCUCAAUCAACCACCAGUGCAUUUUCCACCGUGACCCUGUCCACCACCUCUUAUAUGAAUGGAGGAACAUCGAGUUUGCCUCCUUCUGAAUCACCCAAAACCAAUGAGCCUCUCAAACCAAACCUAGAGCCUGUGAGUCAGCCUGCAUCCUACAGCUGUAACCCCUCACAUCCUCUGCUCAGCAUCCAUCACACUCUCUAUGAAGAGGAGGAGGAGGAGCAAGCCCACAGGGACAACCUGGUGGAAAGACCUGGUGAGCUCAUCGCUGCCGGAGAGUGCUGA